UUAUACGUAGCAGGGCUGUCUCUCUCCGCUCUCUUUCAUGAUCCCCGGUUCUGGCGCGCCGGUUGCCAACAGCGAGCUUACGGUGAAGGAUGGACGCGAACUUGGAGGUGAACGAUCAGCUCGGGGAGAUCUACGAGUGGAUCGAUCAGAUCAAGUUGUCCAGGCCGAAGAAAAACAUAGCCAGGGAUUUCUCCGAUGGCGUGUUGAUGGCCGAGCUGCUGAAACGCUAUUACCCCAAACACGUAGACGUGCACAAUUACGUCGCCGGCAAUAGCAUCGCGAAGAAGAUGGACAACUGGUGUACGCUGAAUCGCAAGGUGUUCUCCAAGAUCGACAUGAAGCUAAAGAAAGAGCUGAUUAAUCAGCUGGCCAGUUCUCAGCCGGGCGUUAUCGAGAAGAUCCUCGGCGACUUGCGGGCUAAGAUCCUAAAGGAUUGCAAUGUCGACAGGGAGUCUUUGUAUUCCAAUCACGAGGACGGCAAAGGUGAGGCGGUGAAGUCCGUGCUGAAUCCCGAUGUAGCGACGAAUAAAAGCGUACCCCAGCAUGUAUUCGUGCGCCUGAAGCAGGAGCUGCAGGAGAAGAACGACAAAAUCUCCACUCUGCAACAGAAGAUCUCGCAUAUGGAGAGCAUAAUGAAGCUGAAGGAUCAGAGGAUCGACGACCUCACGCUGCAGAUUACAAAACAGUCACAAGAACGAGACGUCAGUCCGCGUCCUCAUGCGAUCACGAAAUUCUGCGGUAUAAAUUGUAGUAUACAAAGCAAGUCUUGAAAAAUGUUGUGUGCAUUCAUCACAGCGCAUCGAUUUUUAGC